ACCCCAAAUCAGCUGUAUUCCCAUUGAAUGUCACUUUAGAAUUGCUUCCAGAGAGUUGGACGGUCGAAGUUCUCGUACGAGUCCUUAAAGUUUCAGGGAGAAAAGAGUAACCAAAAGAUAUUGGUCCUGCUUAAUGUCGGACCCUUCUCAACGAUAUUUCUCUCACCCUUCUGCUAACGGUUGGAUGCCUCCUGGUAGUUUUCCGGCACCUCAAAAUACCAACCAACCUUCGGUGCAACAACAACCUCCUUACUAUGCCGGAUACCCGAUGCAGCCUAUGUGGCCACCAGGUAUGGUUCCUUCCUACGGAAUGCAACCUCCUCCUACAGCAUAUUCGAGCAUGCAACCUGGCAUGUUUGCUGGGCCGUACUACAUGCCAACGACACCAUACGUUCCCAACCAGCCCAGCAUGAGACCCAGCUAUUCAAGUUCUAAAAGUCUGGUUCCUGCAAAUACACAACAAGGGCCAUCACAGUCAGCUACAGGACAACUUGUACCUUUCCAGGACAAGGAUGUCGCGGUUUAUAAAGCGAAAGAGGACAUGAAAAGUUUGGAAGGUGAGAUUGCAAGAUAUAAGUCUGAGAAUUCGUCCUUGAAAAUGAAGCUUUCGAGGACUGAAGAGAACCUGAAGAAAUUGAAUGAGGAAAUUGAGAGCCUAAAGACUCAGUUUCAAGCAGCUCAUUAUAGAGGACCUAAAGAUGGUGCUCCUAGAAUAAGUCGAGAAGAAAGGGAACGAUUUCAAGCAGACUUGAAAGGUGCAGAGGAAAGAAACGACCGCUUGAGACAAGAAGUAGUUCAUUUAAGAGUUAAAAUUAACAAGAUGAAGAACCUGGUUCCUUUAGAUGUAUCGGAAACACAUAAAGCAUUGGAAUCUCUGGAACAGAAGUUUGAUGUUCUUGAAAGACGACUUUUGAAAAGUAAACAAAACAGUAGUGGCGGAGCACGUCAGUUUGCAGUAGAGCAAAUCAUAAAUAUGAACCAACUUGGAGAAAUUUCUGGUGCCUUGCGGGGGCUGCGAAUGAUUACAGAGUCUUCUUUAAUGGCUACCAAAGAACGAGACGGUAGUGUACUUGGUGAACGCGAGAAUUUACAGGAGAUUUUGUCACAUUUGUCAUCUUUAGAUGUACGCGUUGCAGAACUUGUCUCAUUUAUUUCCAACCUGUUGAAAGGAACUCUUGAAAGCUUGGGUCUUCGAAGUAACGAAUUGCCUUCAUUAUCUGGUAUACAGAAUAUUUCAACGGAGUUUGCAGGAAGUAAGACAGUUGAAGUUUCGCCAAAUUUGCAGAGGCGAACGCGAUCAUUAUCUGAUGGACGUUCAUACUCAGACGAUUAUGGUCUUGUGAAAGGAGAAGAUGAAGUUUCCUCCUCACCAAAACAGUCUUCCAGAGUUAAUGUGGGCAAUGCCAAUUCGACCGUGGAACAUAGCGGUUCUUCGUUGUCAUCGCUAUCCAGUAUGGCGAAGCAGCUUGGUCAGAGUCAAGCAGCUUCAGAGGGAAGUUGGAACCAACUUAAUACUGCUGUUACUUCUCCAAACCGACCCAUAGCAACGGUUUCACCAACACUUAAGAAAAUUUCUUCUUCUGUUAUGGAAAGUAAACAGACUAGUGGUCCUUCAAAUACAGUGGUAGAAGAUGUCACUAGUGAUCUUGUCGAUUUAAGUGAUUUGGAUAUUAGCGAGCAGAAGAGGAAAUAAUGACGUCUUAGUAACUUGGUCC